UCGUCCACCCCUCCCCCAGAAGAACAAGACUUGGCUGCAAUCAACCGGCAUCGACUCCUGCGAUAUACCCCCCCUCCUUCCCUUUCCCUCCUUCUCUGUGUUAGGCCAAUUAACUUUUAAACCAUGAUUUCGUGGUAAAAAAUCUCGAAAAUGCGGCGUUACAUCCGUGCACUCUUCCUGUGCACGGUGUUUGCCGUCUUUUCGGGUUGGUACUUCUACAGUAAGCUAUUCAACACGGACCUCUCUCUCAGACAACAUGAUGCCGAUGCUGGCAGAGUUCAUAUCUCGUCUCGGAUCCAAGGUCCCAGGAUGGGACCUGCAGACAAAACAGCAGCGGAGAAGCCCCACUGGUAUCAUAGGUACAUCAUGCGCCAGCAAGGGGCUGAUAGUCCUCCCAGCCAGGCCGAGGCUCCCAGCAUGCACCUGGCGGUAGUUGCCUGCGGCGACCGGAUGGAGGAGACCCUCACCAUGGUGAAGUCUGCCGUCCUCCUGAGCUCCGGGAGCCUCCGCCUGCACAUCUUUGCAGAAGAGCAGCUUCACGUCGGCUUCAGGGAUAAGCUGGGCUCGUGGCCUGCGGCGGUGCGCUCCCGGUUCCGCUACACCCUGUACCCCAUCAGCUUCGCCGGCGACCAGGCGGCCGAGUGGAAGAAGCUCUUCAAGCCCUGCGCCUCCCAGAGACUCUUCCUGCCCCUGAUCCUGAAGGACGUGGACUCCCUGGUGUACGUGGACUCGGACAUCGUGUUCCUGCGGCCCCCCGAGCGGCUGUGGGCCCUGCUGUCGCACUUCAACGCCUCCCAGCUGGCGGGCGUGGCCCCCGAGCACGAGGAGCCCCGCGUCGCCUGGUACAACCGCUUCGCCCGCCACCCCUUCUACGGCGCCACCGGCAUCAACUCGGGCGUCAUGCUGAUGAACCUCACGCGCAUACGCAGCGCCUACUUUAAGAAUGACUUGACCUCGGUGGGUCUGCGUUGGGAGGAGCUGCUGAUGCCCCUCCUGCAGAAAUACAAACUGAACAUCACCUGGGGGGACCAGGACCUGCUCAACAUCAUCUUCCACUACAACCCUGACUACCUCCUAGAGUUUCCGUGUAAGUGGAACUACCGCCCCGACCACUGCAUCUACGGCAUCAACUGUGCCUCGGCGGAGCAAGAUGGCGUCCACAUCCUGCAUGGGAACCGCGGCGUCUUCCACAACCUGAAGCAGCCCGCCUUCAAGGCCGUGUACGACGCCAUCCGCCAGUACUCCUUCGGCGCCGACCCCAACGCCGCCCUCCUGGCCCCGCUGGAGGCAGCGCUGUUGAAGACCACCAACACCUACUGUGGUAAAUCCCACGCCCUGCUCACCAAGACGCUCGCCCAGAACCUCGACCGCGUCAACAAGAACAUCCCCCCCCCGCUGGGCACGACAUGAACCCGCGGUGCCGGCUGACGAAGCGUCUGUCGCGGACGGCUUCAGUUUGGUCGCUAAGCUAAGCUAGCAGACGGUCACGUUCGGUCGCUCGUACCUGGGGGAAGCUAUCGAAGCUACUGAAGCUAGCGUACUGAAACCAAGCAAGGACAAAGCCGAACCUUGUCGUCCUACGACGUGUGAAGGGAAUCAAAGACGUGAGACCGUCCUCUCUCUCCGUCUCCAGCCUCAGGGUUCGCAGCUGGAAGAUCUCGGGGUCACUGAAGGACUAAGAAACUGUGACUUCGUAUGUUUUACGAAAGUGGGGAUGGCCAGCAGAUUGUUAAUCCUUUUGGAUAGUUGAGUGGUACUUGAAGCUUGCUCACAAGUGGGCGGAGUCCUUUCCCGCCCAAUCGCCUUUAAAUUAAUGUUCUCUCGGAGUUGAGAGUUUAGUAUUGCUGUGCAGCGUCCAUUUUCGAUCUUCGGACGUGUAGGUGCGCUGGAAUAAGGUGUGUGUGUGUGUGUGUGUGUGUGUGUGUGUGUGUGUGUGUGUGUGUGUGUGUGUGUGUGUGUGUGUGUGUGUGUGUGUGUGUGUGUGUGUGUGUGUGUGUGUGUGUGUGUGUGUGUGUGUGUGUGUAUAUAUUUGAGACCAUUUGUCCAGUUCCUACUGAAUGUACAUAAAUAACUACUAACUCUCCGAGACUUAGAUGACUUCCUGGCAAAGGAAAAUGGCCGCCGCUGUUUAGUGGACUCCCAAUAUGGUGUCUGGUUCGUAUUUGCUUUUUUGUUUAAUUUUAAGAAGGCUAGCAAGGUCUUGUGUCUCAGGGUACGCUCUCUCUCUCUCUCUCUCUCCAUUGCCUCAAAAUGCUUCACAUUAUUAAAAGUCAGUUCAGGUUUUAAUUAUGUGCGUCACCUAAUGAAAUAUAAUCUCUCUGAGUUUAAUAUAAAAAAGGACUGGGAGAAAGUGUCUUGAUAUUUGAAUAGGGAUUUUUCUAUUUUUUUUUUCAGUUGUAGAUUUCUUUAAACAUUUGUAUUUUAUAAGAUUGGGUAAAAUUGGAAUUUUGUAAAAGUGGGCAUUGUUUUGAUUCUUUUGAUCUCAUUUAUAAAACUUGUUUCUACAUUGGAAAAAGACGGUAAGAUGUCUGACAUAUUGUGAUAUCAAAUCAGUUUACUAUACUAUUGUAUUGGUAAGGACAGUACUAUAAAGAUCUUAAUCAUAUUGCACAUAUUUUUGUUCAGGACAGGCAUUUAAAAGACUAUUCACACAAUUGUUAUUUUUUAGUGUACUUCAGUUUCAUUCAUAUUUUUAUCAGCUAAAUAAAUGCAAUUUGCCUUUAUAUGUAACAUGUGAACCAUGCACAUGGCUGUAAAUGAAAGACCUUUUUAAUUAUUGUUUAUAAGCUGAUUCCAAAGAUAUUUCACUGUUUAUGAUGACCUAGUAGAAAUAGGUGGCUUUCUUUGUCAUUUGUACUAUGUUCUGGUUUUUGUUUUCACAAUAAAAGCUACUUUGAUUUCUGUGAAAUUAAAUAAUGUAUUGUGUAUUAUAUGUCGACACUAGAGGGCAGCAUUCAUUUGUAUACA